AUGUUGAGACCUGGGGUGUCCACCUCACCUUCUGUGCCGGUGGCUUCUCCCUCUUCAGUAGAGACAUGCCCCCAGGGUCCCCGCUACAAUUUCGGACUCCAGGAAGCUCUUCCGAGCAGCCCGCCAGCGCAGGGCGGCACGUCCGGAGGGGCAGGCGACAGGAGCAGCAGCAGCACGCAGCCAGGCUCCCGGCCGGCGCAAGGUUCAUCCUUUGAGAAUAGAAGAGCUCAUGCAGAAGGUACAUUUGCAUCAAAUUUUACUUUUGUUACAAGCUCAUCUUCUACCCGAGACCCUAAUCAUCCUCAAAUACUAAAAACUCCAUUGACUGCUGGAAAUGCUCAAAGAUCAGGUCAUAGAAAUUGGACACCUCAAGUGGGAUAUUCAGCUACAUCCUCAUCUGCAGUUUCUGCACACUCUCCUUCAGUUAUUGUGACUGUUGUAGAAGGGAGAGGGCUUGCCAGAGGGGAAGUAGGAAUGGCAAGUAUUGAUUUAAAAAACCCACAAAUUAUAUUAUCCCAGUUUGCAGACAACACGACAUAUGCAAAGAAUGGGUCCUAUGACUACAAAUCAACCAGCGAGGUCGCACGCGUGAGGCCUGUGCACCGCCGCCGAGUGAGUAGGUCUUCCGCGCCGCGGAGCGGGCGCUUGGGCGCGGGGUCCCGGGGUCGCGGCAGCUCCUUGGUCCGCAGAAUGCGCUACGUCGCCUCCUACCUGCUGGCCGCCCUCGGGGGCAAUGCGUCUCCCAGCGCCAAGGACAUCAAGAAAAUCCUGGACAGCAAUGUUCAUUUCACUACUAUCCAAAGGAAAUACUUCAAUGAAACAAAAGGAUUAGAGUACAUCGAGCAGUUGUGCAUAGCAGAAUUCAGUACUGUCUUAAUGGAGGUUCAGUCCAAGUAUUACUGCCUUGCAGCUGUUGCAGCUUUGUUAAAAUAUAUUGAAUUUAUUCAAAAUUCAGUUUAUGCACCCAAAUCGCUAAAGAUUUGUUUCCAGGGUAGUGAACAGACAGCUAUGAUAGAUUCCUCAUCAGCCCAGAAUCUUGAAUUGCUAAUUAAUAAUCAAGACUGUAGGAAUAAUCACACUCUCUUUGGUGUUCUAAAUUAUACUAAGACUCCUGGAGGAAGUAGAAGACUUCGUUCUAACAUAUUAGAACCUCUUGUGGAUAUUGAAACCAUUAACAUGAGAUUAGAUUGUGUUCAAGAACUACUUCAAGAUGAGGAACUCUUUUUUGGACUUCAGUCAGUUAUAUCAAGAUUUCUUGAUACAGAACAACUUCUUUCUGUUUUAGUCCAAAUUCCAAAGCAAGACACGGUUAAUGCAGCUGAAUCAAAGAUAACAAAUUUAAUAUAUCUGAAACAUACCUUGGAACUUGUAGAGCCUUUAAAGAUUGCACUGAAAAACUGUAGUACACCUUUAUUAAGAGCUUACUAUGGAUCCUUGGAAGACAAGCGGUUUGGAAUUAUACUUGAAAAGAUUAAAACAGUAAUUAAUGAUGAUGCAAGAUACAUGAAAGGCUGCCUGAAUAUGAGGACUCAGAAGUGCUAUGCAGUGAGGUCUAACAUAAAUGAGUUUCUCGACAUAGCUAGAAGAACAUAUACAGAAAUUGUAGAUGACAUUGCAGGAAUGAUAACACAACUUGCAGAGAAGUACAAUCUUCCUUUAAGGACAAGCUUCAGCUCUGCUCGAGGAUUUUUCAUCCAAAUGAGUACAGAUUGUACAAACCUACCCAGUGACCAGCUUCCUUCAGAAUUUAUUAAGAUUUCUAAAAUGAAAAAUUCUUAUAGCUUUACAUCAUCAGAUUUAAUUAAGAUGAAUGAAAGAUGCCAAGAGUCUUUGAGAGAAAUUUAUCAUAUGACUUAUAUGAUAGUGUGCAAACUUCUUAGUGAAAUUUAUGAACAUAUUCAUUGUUUAUAUAAGCUAUCUGACACUGUGUCAAUGCUGGACAUGCUCCUGUCAUUUGCUCAUGCCUGCACUCUUUCUGACUAUGUUCGACCAGAAUUUACUGAUACUUUGGCAAUCAAGCAAGGAUGGCAUCCCAUUCUUGAAAAAAUAGCUAUGGAAAAACCUGUUGCCAACAAUACCUAUAUCACGGAAGGGAGUAAUUUUUUGAUCAUCACUGGACCAAAUAUGAGUGGGAAAUCUACAUAUCUAAAACAGAUUGCUCUUUGUCAGAUUAUGGCCCAAAUUGGAUCCUAUGUCCCAGCAGAAUAUUCUUCCUUUAGGAUUACUGAACAAAUUUUUACAAGAAUUAGUACUGAUGAUGAUAUUGAAACAAAUUCCUCAACAUUUAUGAAGGAAAUGAAAGAGAUAGCAUAUAUUCUACAUAAUGCUAAUGACAAAUCACUCAUAUUAAUCGAUGAACUUGGUAGAGGUACUAGUACAGAAGAAGGAAUUGGAAUUUGUUAUGCUGUCUGUGAAUAUCUGCUGACCUUAAAGGCAUUUACACUGUUUGCUACACAUUUUCUGGAACUAUGCCAUAUGGAUAUUCUGUAUCCUAACGUGGAAAACAUGCAUUUUGAAGUUCAACAUGUGAAGAAUACCUCAAGAAAUAAAGAUGCAAUCUUGUAUACCUAUAAACUUUCUAAGGGACUCACUGAAGAAAAAAAUUACGGAUUAAAAGCUGCAGAGGUCUCAUCACUCCCACCAUCAAUUGUCUUGGAUGCCAGGGAAAUCACAGCUCAAAUUACCAGACAGAUUUUGCAAAACCAAAAGAGUACUCCUGAAAUGGAAAGACAGAGGGCUGUGUACCAUCUAGCCACAAGGCUUGUUCAAACUGCUCGAAAUUCUCAAUUGGAUCCAGACAGUUUACGAACAUAUUUAUGUAAUCUUAAGAAGAAAUAUGAAGCAGAUUUGUCCAGGACUGAGCAAGUUCCAGAAAAGACUGAAGAAUAAUAAUUUCAUCUUGUACUAAUAAAAUAAUUUACCUUGG